AUGGCGACCCUUGGCUUGGUACUCAGCGCAGCCCUCGACUCAGCCCCGUUGGUCACGGCCGAGGUUUCAUUUCUGCUGGGGAUCGUCGCACACCUGGUAAUCAGGCCGUUCGAGAUCGACAGCCAAGCCUGGGCCAUUGUUUUUGCCUAUUUGGGCGUGAUUACCACCCUCCUGCUUACUUACAUCCAAGUGUGCAAGUUCACCAUUAUCGGGGCAAUUUUGAGAACAGCACUGGUUUCGAAUGCCUUCAAUGUUGGUCUUGCGAGCAGUAUCCUCAUCUAUCGGGCUUUCUUUCACCGGCUUCACCGUUUUCCAGGCCCGUUCCCGGCCAAGCUUUCGCGCUUCUAUGCUAUGAAAAAUGCCGCGAAAGCCUUGAAAGCCAACGAAGAAGUCCAGAAACUGCACGAGAUCUACGGGGACUUUGUUCGAGUUGGACCUCGUGAAAUCUCCAUCACUCGUGAAAGUGCCAUCUCGAUCAUCUACGAACCACCAAACCAAUGUGUGAGGUCGACAUGGUACAGUCAAGUGUCGGACGAUGUGAGAAAGAUCUCGCUUCAUACCACUCGCGACUUGACGGCCCACAAGCUCCGAAAGAAGGCAUGGGUGAGAGGUCUAGGCUUCAGAGCCCUUGCCAUAUAUGAAGAGAAGAUCGCAUCCAAAGUGGAGAUUUUGAUGUCUCAAAUUGCAGAGAAACAAGGUACACCGAUGGACAUGACCCUAUAUGCAGCCUUCUUUGGAUUCGACGUCAUGGGACAAGUUGGCUUCUCCAAGGACUUCAACAUGUUGGACUCAGGCUACAAGCACCCAGCCAUACAAGCCCUGCAUGAGAACAUGGUUGCUGUCGGUGUGCUUUCAACAGUGCCCUGGCUCAUGUCUAUGCUCGGAAAAAUUCCAGGAGCCACUGGGAGCUACGCAAGAUUUGCAGACUGGUGCGCACGAGAGUUUCAAGCGAAACGUGCUAAUAAAGAAAUCCUCAAAGACCACGACCCGAGAGAUGUCAUCUCAUGGCUUCUCAGGGCUGAAGACGAAAAUGAUCGAUCUGCCCCUCCUGGAGAGGGAGCUUUUCAGGAAGACUCUCGUCUCAUGAUUGUUGCCGGCAGCGACACAACGGCAGUAGCCUUGACGAAUGCGCUAUUCUUCUUGACCAAAUCCCCAACCUGUUAUCGAAAGCUACAAGCAGCUGUCCAAGCUCAGUUUCCCGAAGGAGUCAAAGACUGGACCUACGAAAAGAUCAAGUUGAUACCAUAUCUCGAAUACGUCAUCCAUGAAACACUGCGGUUGAAACCGUCAGCCCCCGGAGGCCUUUCUCGCUUGACACCUCCACAAGGCCUCCAGAUCGAUGAGGUCUUCAUCCCGGGUGACACCAUCGUCUCUGUUCCCACUUACACAAUCCAGCGAGACGAGCGAUACUGGGAGAAUGCUCUCGAGUUCAGACCCGAACGCUGGGAGAACUUGAACCCGGAGAAGGUGGCGUGGAUUCCAUUCUCAAGGGGUCAGUACAGCUGUCCCGGAAAGAACCUUGCUUUCAUGGAACUCCGUAUGGUUAUUAGUCGUAUUGCUCUCGAGUACAGUUUGGCCUUCCCUCCUGGGGAUGAUGGAGAGGCCUUUGACAAGGGAGCCAGGGAUACCUUCACCCUGAACGUGCCGGAGCUGCCUAUUAUAUUCACACCUAUCGACUGA